AAAAUAUUUAAUUAAUCCAAUUCGUAUUUUUUGUGUUCAUUGAUGUUGUAUUAGUUUGCGUUAUAAUUAAAGCAAUUAAUCGCAAUAUAUUCAUUAUUCGAUGGUGGCAUGUUUUAAGAAGCAAAUAAUGAUUACAUGUUAAAUACGAACUCUCCUAGUAAAUUUCUAUGAACUCUGAAAGCGAAACUGACGAAGCUUCAAGGGGGAACGAAGCAUCUUCGUCAAUAACAAAUUCAGCCCCAGGAAAUUCUAACGACGAAAAUAUAACACAUUCAUGUGCAGAUCCUAUAAAUAAUCAGGACAUAAUGAAGCGAGCUGCUGCAAAACAGUUGAUUGAAAGAUAUUUUUAUCAGUUACUAGAUGGCUGUGGUAAUUCAGAUUGUGACAAUAAAUAUUGUGCUUCAAGCGGAGAGGCAAGAAAUUUAACACCAAAUGAAGCAGCAGCAGAAGCUAUAAAGUUAUUUAACAAAGAAGCUCGGCUAUGUGAUGCUCUACCAAAUAAAGUUCCAAGGACAGAGAGCAGCCAUUGUGAAUCUGGUGCAGGUACAACAUCAAAAGAGGCAACAAAUAAAAAUGAUACAAUUCGUCUUGAUAUGCCAUCAUCCAGUCGAUCUCCAUCGAAUGUUUGGACUGAAGAAAAGAAAGGUGAAACUAGUCAUAAUGUAUCUAAUGCAGAUGAUCACAGCAAUCUUAGUCAUAAUAAUGGUGCACCACUGACAGAGGAAAGGAUAUAUCAGUUGUGUGAUGAAUGUUUACAGAAUAAAAAACGGCAGCCGUUAAAAAGGGCGUUAGGUGAAGCAUUUACCCAGCCCGCUAUACUAGCAAGAAGUUUUCCUAGCAAAGCUAAUGUUGAUGUAGAUUUGGAAAAUAAAGAAAAAGUGAAGGAAUCCAAAGCAAUGUGUUCGUCCAGUGACCCGGACAAAGACAUUGACAGUGUGGCCGGCCCUGGGCUGGACGUGGCGUCUUGCCGCAGGGCAUUCCAGUAUCUCUCCAAGGUGCCAUCAGAUUACUACAGUUCAACUUUAGUGUUAGCUCUCGCGCAAUUGGCCGAAUAUCUAAGAGUAGAGUUGAGCACUUCAAAGAAAAUGUGUAUGGACGAUAUUGUGAACUGCUUUGUGAUAGCUUUUGAAGUGCCAGACCUGGGGUGUAGCGAUUAUCUGGAGGUUGCCUUGCCUGCCUUGUGCCACGCUGCCGAGUUCCUACCAGUUAAAGGCCAAGCAAAACUAGCCCGGAUAUGGGCCCAGCACUGCAAAGAGACGCUGCGGCACAUUCUAGAGACACUGCAGCAAGUGAUCACUUUGAAGAUAAUUUCAACGAACUACCAGAGGUGGUUUCAGGUGCAGGAAGAUGAGACUGUUACCUUGGCAACCAAGCUCAUGAAGAUAGUAUAUUAUGCUAAUAUGUUGGCCGGCGUGAUGGAGCCCAACACCCUCAGAGAAGAAGCCGUUGUGAUAGCCAGCCAGCUCGACCCCCUGGGUGAUGCACUGGAUCAUCUCUAUCCGCUGUCUUCAAUGAAGAGCUCAAAGCAGCCCUUACCUGAAGAUCCUCUAGGUAUUGAACUGGAUGUUAACGUGCUGGAUGCCAGGAAGCCACAUUUGCCAUUCGAGGAGUUUUACAACGAGCCCCUGAGCGAUACAGUAGAGAUGGAUGUUGACUUUGCGAAUUAUAAAAUUAAAGUAAGCAAUGGCAAGAAGUUUUCGUUCCUGAAGUACCCGUUUAUCCUGACGGCGGCGACCAAGUCCCUGGGCCUGUACUACGAGAACCGCAUCCGCAUGUACUCCGAGCGGCGCGUGUCCUUGUUGCAGGCGGUGGUGGGAGCCGUGUCACCCAUGCCCUUCCUGAAGCUGAGGGUUCGACGCUCUCACAUUAUUGACGAUGCUCUUGUCGAGUUGGAGAUGAUAGCAAUGGAGCGCACACUAGAUCUGAAGAAGCAGCUGGUGGUGGAGUUCGAGGGGGAGCAGGGAGUGGACGAGGGCGGUGUCAGCAAGGAGUUCUUCCAGCUCAUCGUGGAGGAGAUAUUCAACCCGGACUACGGCAUGUUCACGCAGCAGCAAGACUCGCACACUGUCUGGUUCAAUCCGACGUCAUUUGAGACAGAAGCCCAGUUCACUCUGAUAGGAAUAGUGCUGGGUCUGGCUAUCUACAACAACAUAAUUCUCGCUGUCAACUUCCCCAUGGUGGUGUACAGGAAACUGAUGGGCAAGAAGGGCUCCUUCGAGGACUUAUCCGAUUGGAAUCCGAUACUCUACAAAGGCUUAAAGGACAUGUUAGAAUACUCAGAAAGUGACUUGGAGGAGACUUACUGUCAAACCUUCAGGAUAUGCUACAGAGAUGUUUACGGGAAUAACAUAUUUCACGAUCUGAAGGAGAAUGGUGACGAUAUAUUUGUUACACAAGAAAAUAAACAGGAGUUCGUGGAAAUGUACGCAGACUUCUUGCUGAACAAAUCAGUGGAGGCGCAGUUCAAGGCAUUCCGGCGAGGGUUCGUGAUGGUGACAGAUGAGAGUCAGCUCUGCACGCUCUUCAGACCGGAGGAGGUGGAGACGUUGGUCUGCGGCAGCAAGAACUUUGAUUUCAACGAGCUGGAGAAAUCGACAGAAUACGACGGCGGCUACACUUCCGAGUCGCAGACCAUCAAGGACUUCUGGAGUAUCGUGCACAGUCUGUCGCUCGAGGACAAACGGAAACUGUUGCAGUUCACAACCGGCUCCGACAGGGUGCCCGUGGGCGGACUGAGCCACCUCAAACUGGUUAUAGCCAGAAACGGGCCCGACUGCGACCGCCUGCCGACCGCUCACACGUGCUUCAACGUGCUGCUGUUGCCGGAGUACGAGAACAAAGACAAACUACAGGAUAGACUGAUGAAGGCAAUAAGUUACUCGAAAGGCUUCGGUAUGCUCUAGUGGUUCAUUUAUUGUUGUAAUGUCAUGUGUAAUAAUGCAAUUUGUAAUGUUUGAAUAAAUUUGUUAAAUUAUACAGA